AUGGUAUUGAGGAUAUGGAAGAAAUCAAAAACCAACAACUCAAAUACUAAUCUUCCACCAGGACCAUGGAAGCUACCAUUAAUAGGCAGCAUCCACCAUUUAGUUGGCUCUCUACCCCAUCGCCGCCUUAGAGACUUGGCGCGAAAGCACGGACCUCUUAUGCAUCUUCAGCUCGGGGAGCUUACUAAUAUCGUGGUUUCUUCGCCUGAAAUCGCUAAACAAGUGAUGAAAACCAACGACACCAACUUUUCGCACAGGCCUUAUCUGGUUGCUGCAAGUGUUGCAACUUAUAACUAUUCUGACAUUGCAUUUGCACCCUACGGAGAUUACUGGAGACAAAUGCGGAAAAUUUGCAUGCUCGAGCUAUUAACCGCAAAACACGUGAAAUCGUUCAGAUCAAUCAGAGAAGAAGAAGUAUCAAAACUUUUGAGAUCAUUAACGUCUUCAGGUAAUGAAGGGUCGUCGAUCAACCUUAGCAAAAUGGUGAGUGCUCUGACCUAUAGCAUUAUUUCGAGAGCAGCAUUUGGCAAAAUAUGGAAGGGAGAAGAAAUUUUCAUACCAACUGCGAAGAAACUGUUACAGGGAUCUGAAGGAUUUACUCUGGCUGAUAUGUAUCCUUCAGUCAAAUUACUUCAUUGGAGCAAUAUGGUGCGUAGGCUUAGGAAGCUUCAUGGAAUAGCAGAUAAUAUAUACCAGAACAUCAUUGAUGAUCAUAGAAGUAGACGAACGUUUCUAUAUGUGCCACUUGCUCCCUACACCAUACAUUCCUCAAGUUGCCCAGUAAACCCUGCAUCGACGAAUAAAUUGUCAGAUGUUUCUUUCAAGGAUAAUAUGAAAUUAAGUAGGAAAAUGGACUAUAUGUCCACAAUCCACUCUGAUUCACGAGUUAGUUGGGGUCUUAAAUUAAUUUAA